AUGGAUCCUAGAUUUGCCGUUCUAAAUUGGGUGUAUCAAAUACUUCUGCCAGAGAGCACUGUCAAAUGUUUUUGUUUUAUUGAUCAUAUUACUGAAAUAUUUGGAAAACUUAUUUCCUGCCCCCAUCCCCCAGGGGAUAAUAAUGGAAAGGGAGAUGAUUUGUGUUACUGGAAAUAUACAUUUGAGAUGAGUUCUUUUGUUUUGGCAUUUUUUAAAAAAAUAAACUUUGAAAAACACUGUUUUUGCUGUCUGGCAUUGUGUGAAAAGGGGUUUCUUUUUGGAGGGGAUAGAGCUGCAAGAGGAAUGGAAGGUUUGGGGUGGGGAGAGACCCCCAUAUGGAGUAGUCUCCCAGAGAAGAGGCACCAGCUACAUCAAGUGGAAAAAAUGAAACCGGCUCGUUUCUGGAACCAAUGA